AAACUUUGGCAGCCGAGGACGAGCGCGAGAACGCGGGCGCGGCGAGCGCCCCGCGGCUCCCCGAGAAAGACUCUGAGGGAAACUCUUACCUGGCUGACGCGGGACGCGCCGCGCGCUGGCUGGCUGGCUGGCUGACUCGCUCGCAGGUGAAGCGACGCUCCCCACAGAAGCGGCGGAGUCCGUCCAGGCAGGCAGGCAGGCACUAUAUCCCCCUUCGGCCAGGCGGCGCCAACGACGAGGCGCUCCUUCUCGGCUUGCACCUGUGCGCCAG